AUGACCGUGCAGGCAGAGAGGCAGUGGUGGGCGGAAGCAUCCGAACGACAACUCGAGAACCUCAGCCAGGUCGUGAAGAACGAGACAGCCAAAUGCUUCUUGGCCAUGGAUCAGCUGCGGGCCCAGGUCAAAGACGAAGUGCGCCAGGAGGCGACGGCCCUCACAGACCAGUUCGGCGCGAUGUUGAACUCCAUGGAACAUCGCCUACGCCGGGAGCAACAAGCAAGUCACCAGGCAGUGUUGGAAGCUGCCCGCCGUGACAUGAUGGAGGAGCUCCAGUCAAAGAACAUCACGAUAGAUUCGACGGCUUCAUCGACCCUGCAGGCAGAGGCAGACUCCUUGCUGACGUCGCCAUCGGGAAAGUGGCGGCGCAUAGAUCAAUUCAUCGAGGAGAUAGGAUUGCGUGUGGAUGGCCUCCACGUCCAGUUAGAGGAGCAGCUCACUCAAGCGCUGGCAGAAGAGAGGAAGACUCGGGGCAAAGCGAUGUCAGACGUGUGCCAGUAUAUAGAGCACAUGGUGGGCUUACAGGAGUCCGAUGCCCAAACGGACAAGAUGCGGCUGCAAGACUCCAUCUCCGAGCUGGGAGGAAGGGUUCAGGUCCUGGAGGAAGCGGUGGCCAUGUACCUCUACAACUCCAACCAAAUGCCAGACACAAUCGGCGCCGCCUGCACCACAGACGUGCGGCCUUCCGCGAGCACGGCAGAACCAGGUUCCAUGGACGGCACAGUGGACAUGACGCUUCUGCCAAGCAACGGGCGGCGAUCCGACGAGACGAACUCCCCUCCCAACCUCAGCGUGUUCCGCAACGGAGAGGCCGCCAGGCCAACCUUUCAAGGUGACGACCCUGAGUAUUUGCCCCAAAGCACUUCGAGCGCCCCAGGAGUACAGCUGUCCUUGUUUUCAGAGGACAUGCGAGAGAGCUUGAACAACAUCGUGCGCAAGGUGGGCAACACCAUGUCCCAGGACACCCGCGAGGCUGCAAGGUUCGCACAUUCCACCGGCUCCAUCAAUGCUCGGUCCGCAAGUCGCCUGGAGGUCAAGGCUGUUGCCCACUUCGCUACUCGCAGGUUUGUUUGCGCCUCUCUCAUUGCCUACAUCCUCUAG